CCGUGCCCGUGCCCCGCUUCUUCGGCUUCGCACCGCGCAGCGCAGCGCAGCGAGAGAGACGGAGAGAGAGAGCAGCGGGCGCGGCGGCCGAAGCACAGAGAAAAACGACACCAAACGGGCGGAUUUUUAAGUGCGCCAUUCCCAUCCGCACCCGUGUCCGCUAGCUAGCUCCCCCCUCGUCUCCGGCCAAAAGGAAAGGGAGGCGAUGGCUGCGGCGCGCGGGUGCGUGGUAGCGCUGGUGGCGGCGGCGGCGCUCCUCCUCCUCCUAGCCUGCUGCGCCGAGGGAGCGGCGGCGGCGGCGGGGAAUGCCGAGCGGUCGCUGCACCGGCGGCGGCGGCAGCUGCUGCGGCAGCGGCAGGUGCACAACCACCUCAGGCGGGUCAACAAGGUGCCGCUCGCCAGCAUCGAGAGUCCAGAUGGAGACAUCAUAGACUGUGUGCACAUCUCCAACCAGCCUGCCUUUGAUCACCCUUUCCUCAAGAACCACACUAUCCAGAUGAGGCCUGCUUACCACCCAGAAGGCCUGUAUGAUGAGUCUAAGGUUGCAUCACAGCAGAACACCCAGACAAUCACCCAAAUGUGGCAUAAGAAUGGAGUGUGCCCAGAGAACACCGUUCCAAUCAGGAGAACCAAGAAGGAGGAUGUGCUGAGGGCCAGCUCCAUCAGGAGAUAUGGCAAGAAGAGGCACAGGAGCACCCCAAACCCCAUGUCUGUCGACCCUGAUAUGCUCAACGAGAGUGGCCACCAGCAUGCAAUAGCAUAUGUGGAGGGGGAUAAGUACUAUGGAGCUAAGGCCACCAUCAAUGUGUGGCAGCCAAGAAUUGAGCAGGCCAAUGAGUUCAGCCUGUCCCAGCUCUGGAUCUUGGGUGGUUCGUUUGGACAGGACCUUAACAGCAUUGAAGCAGGAUGGCAGGUUAGCCCAGAUCUGUAUGGGGACAACAACACUAGACUCUUCACCUACUGGACUAGCGAUGCUUAUCAGGCAACAGGAUGCUACAACCUACUGUGCUCAGGGUUCAUACAGAUAAACAAUCAGAUAGCCAUGGGCGCCAGCAUCUUCCCACUCUCCAACUAUGGUGGUUCCCAGUAUGAUAUCAAUAUUUUGGUCUGGAAGGACCCAAAGGAGGGGAAUUGGUGGUUGCAGUUUGGUAAUGACUAUGUUUUGGGCUACUGGCCGUCCUUCCUCUUCUCCUACUUGGCAGACAGCGCCUCCAUGAUAGAGUGGGGUGGUGAGGUGGUGAACUCUGAGCCUGAUGGCAGCCACACCUCCACACAAAUGGGCAGUGGCCACUUCCCUGAGGAAGGGUUUGGCAAGUCCAGCUACUUCAAAAACAUACAAGUGGUGGAUUCAUCAAACAAUCUCAGGGCACCAAGUGGUGUUGGGUCAUUCACUGAGCAAUCCAACUGCUAUGAUGUGCAGAAUGGCAACAAUGGUGACUGGGGCACAUACUUCUACUAUGGAGGGCCAGGGAAAAACGCAAACUGUCCAUAGGAGAAAUAAGAAUUCUGUCCCCAAGCCCCUAACAACCCUUUGACACCUUGUAUUAUGCAGUAAAUUAGUUUACACCUCUUCUCUUUUUUUUUUCCUUCUCUUCCUUUUCUUGGUUCUUGGUUUAGUUUCACCAUUUUCCACCAGGUUAUUAACUUCUAGGCGAGUGUUUGACAUGUGAAAUUUGUUCUCUUCCUCAGAGAUGUUGGUCUGGUUCUAGGGAGGAGUGUGGUCAAGUUUCUGAAGAGAAACAGGCCUGUUUGGUUGGUUGUGCCUCAUGUUUGUCAAAUAUUUUUUUGUUUCUCCCAUGCGUAUCUUCAACUUGAUUGUUGGAGCCAUUGCACUUGUUAAGUUGAUUUAAAUUAAUUAAGCUGUUGGUGUGUGUGUGUGGCCUGGUGUGGGUU